GUAAUAUCGCAAUCGAUUUGAAGAAUGGCCAGAACUUCAGUGAAGAAUCAGCAAAACAACAGAUGGUUUUCUUAGCAUCUGUACUGGAAUCGUAUGAAGGCCUCGUUGCAGGAAAGAUUGGAAAUACUAAUUUGACAAAAGAAGAGUAUGAUCAAAUAGACCCUGAGGAGAUGGAACUGAUGGAUAUCAGAUGGUGCAUGGCCAGUGCAGUUCGUCGAGCACAGCGGUUCAUGGAGAUUACGGGGAGGAAGUCAAUUGGAGGGCCAUCUACCAAACUGGGUUUUGAUAAAUCCAAAGUGACAUGUUUCAAAUGCAAACAAAAAGGACACUUCAAGCGCGAGUGCAGAAAUUCGUAUAUUGCUGAUGAUUCUAAAAACCCGUUCAACGAAGAUUAUUACAAGAAAGCGAUUUACCAUCAAAAUAAGUCUGAACCACCAAGGUUGAAACAGCAGGAAGAAAAAUCAAGGGCUCUUGCAGUCAUUUAUGAUGAUGAAGGUUAUGACUGGAGCAAAGAAGUUUUUCCAGAACAAGAUGCUGUUGGUUAUGCAUUUGUUGUAAAAGAUGAUCAUGAUACCUGGUGGAGAAGAGACAGUGCCAGAUGGGAGAUUGGCAAGCUGUAUGAACCAUUUCAAGAAGCACAGAGAGCCAAGAGAUGGAAUGAAGAGUUGGAGUGUUACUUAGACCCACAGGGUAAUCCAGUGGUAGAUCCGUCAAAAGUUGAUUUUGAUGCUGUAACCAAUGUGUUUCCAAGUGAGCGUACUUUCAACACGAAAAGGCUUUCUGAUAAAAGCUAUUUGCCAGAGUUGAUGAACAAGUUGAGAGAAGUCUUUGAAGCAAGUCUACCGAAGGUGGUAGAGAUGAAGAAGAGAAAAGAAGAAGAGUUGAAGAAGAUGAUUGAAGAAGUAAAGACUAUUGCAAAGCUUGCUGGUGAAGAGAAUCAAAAAGCUGAGGAAGAACAGAAGCCGAAAGAGAUGGAAGAAAAAGUUGAGAAGAUACAGGAGACAACGGCAGCUGAGCACGCCAAGGUGUCAAUCACUGAGGUGCUUAAGAUGUUUAAAUGCUUGGCUUGCUGUGAAAUCGAGGCUAGGAAAGGUCUAGAAAUAAAUAAACGAAUUGUCUGUAUUUAAAUUCUGAGUUGUUGGAACAGAACAAUUUGUCUUGACUUUGCCUGUAAUAAUUAUGUUACUUUUUAUGUCAUGGUAUGGGACGUUAUGCUUUAAAUAAAUGGUAAUCGUAGUUGUUAUGGAAACUUCUGGACAAUCUGUUUUCCUCAGUGCCACGCCCCAAUGUUUCCGCUAUCGGUUGGGGUGUGACAGAUUGGUAUCAUGGCCAUAACU